AUGGCUGGAAGCAUUAAGCAAGAGGAUGUUUGCUACGUCGUAGCCAAGUACGAUUACGAAGCACAGGGUGCCCAAGAGCUAGAUUUGAGAAAAAACGAUCGUUACCUUCUGUUGGACGACAGCAAACAUUGGUGGAGAGUGCAGAAUACACGCAAUCAAUCGGGUUACGUGCCGAGCAAUUACGUUAAAAAGGAGAAGAAGUCCGUCUCAUUAUUCGACAGCUUUAAGAAGAAGGUUAAAAAGGGAUCCGGUAGCAAAACGCUCCCCAACUGCUCUCCAUCCCGGCAGGUCGACAGCCCCACUAUGAGCCGACGAUUGCCACCAGAUCCUUCAGAAUCUAUAGCUUCCACCCCGAUAGGAACUGCCAUAGUUAAGUACAACUAUCAAGCGCAACAGCAGGAUGAACUGUCGCUAGGAAAGGGUACGCGAAUACUAAUUCUGGAGAAAUCAAACGAUGGCUGGUGGCGUGGUCAGAGUGGUUCAGCGACGGGUUGGUUUCCCAGCAACUAUACAACGGAAGAAAAUGAAGAUGACACCUUACAUACGUAUGCCAUGGCCGAAAAUGUGCUUGACAUUGUUGUCGCGUUAUACUCAUUCAACUCGAAUAACGACACCGAAUUGUCUUUCGAAAAAGGUGAUCGGUUGGAAAUUCUCGAUCGACCAGCAGCUGAUCCCGAAUGGUAUAAGGCUCGAAACAAUAAUGGACAGGUGGGGCUUGUGCCGCGCAAUUAUCUGCAGGAACUCUCCGAGUAUCUGGCCCAGCCAUUUCGAAGUAACGGCAGUGGUCCAGAUUCGCUUGAUCGACGGCCUAACGAUGCGCAAUCGAAUAACAACAAUUCAAAUACCAACAACAGCAAUAAUAACAAUUCCCAACAGCCAGAAAGACCCCAUCUGACUGGGAAGAGCUGGUACUACGGUGCUAUUACUCGAAGUCAAUGUGAUACGGUGCUCAACUCUCACGGACAUGAUGGAGACUACUUGAUUCGUGACAGUGAAACAAAUCUCGGUGAUUACUCGGUGUCAUUGAAGGCACCCGGACGUAACAAGCAUUUCCGGGUCCACGUUGAAGGUAACAUGUACUGCAUUGGGCAGCGCAAGUUCCACACACUGGAUCAGCUAGUGGAUCACUACCAAAGAGCUCCCAUCUACACUAAUAAGCAAGGAGAAAAACUGUAUCUCGUAAGACCACUUCCGAAAGCAAAUGGUACCUAAGCUUUGGGAAUCGAAUAUCUAAGUCGUCCUACUGCAUCUUGCACGUCAGCCGCCAUGUGUAAGAACCUUAGGAAAGGACACGAGU